AACAUGGACCUGGCCGGGAUGACGGGGGUUACUCCUUCCCUCCGGGUGAUGGCAGCUCCUCCCGAGGCUGGCAGAGAAGGAGGCAGCGUUACCACGUGCUCCUAAUUCCAGUCGUUUCCCUGUGAUUCGGAUUAUGAAGUGAAAAGUCGCAGUUCAGACUCGGCCAUGGCAACAGAUGCCUGGCAGCGUCAGAGUUGCUCUAGGAAGGCCCCAGGCAGGGAGCGGAACAGCCAGCCCCAUGGAGGUGACCUCAGCUGUGGGGAGAAGAGAUUCUGAGCCCCAGCCAGGAAAUGGAUGCUUCCUGAGAUCCUGGCCCUGCCCUCAGGAGCACAGAACACCCAGUCCAGUGGCCCCCCAGCCUCCUAGGAUGUGGGGGGCACAGCUCCAAGACCACUCUGUGCUGGAGUCCAAGGUGAGGGCUCUGAAGGAGAAGAUGACAGCAGGUAAGCAGGGGGCCGGCCCCUGCUCCACGUCCCAGCGGACAUCCCCCAAGAAACCCAGAUGCAGGCGCGUCAAAGCCAGGACCCCGUCAGAAGCAUCUUCCCUGCCAGAUGCAGCAGGGCCCCCUCCUGCUCAGAACCCGACUGACAGGCAGUUGGACAGGAGUGUCCCUGAAGAGGAGCCUGCAGGGAUUGGAGGCCCCAGGCCCCCCAGGCCGCCCACCCCCAGGCCGGAGUGCAGGAAUGGGAGGAGCCUGUGGCCUGCAGAAGCAGUGUGGACGCUGCCCGGGAAUGGGAGGAGCCUGUGGCCUGCAGAAGCAGUGUGGACGCUGCCUGAUCAGGAGAAGGGUAUGCUGCUGGGAUCUGGCUCUGCACAGGAGAGGCCCACCCACAGGGCUACUCCAGGCUGGCCGGGGAGCCCUGGACCUGUCAGCAGAACCAGCCAAAUGCCUGGCCUGAGGAAAGGAGGAGCAUUCUUCCUUCCAGACGGUCUGGUCGGCGGGGGAGACCUGGACAGCACUUCCUUUGCCUCCGAGGAGGACUUUGUCCUGCCAGGGGGACUCUGGAGAGCUGUGGGUGCUGGGCCCUGCGCUGUGUCCCUGUCUGACCGCGUGGAGAGGAACCGCCUGCUGUUGCAGGAGAUGCUGCGUGGGCCCGGACAGAGCACCCCUGAGGCCGGAGCCACGGCCCAGACUCCCUCCUGGGAUGGAACUGCAGCAGAGAGACCAGCGGGGGACCUGGACUGGGACUCGGGCAUCUCCCUACAGGACUCGGACCAGAACAGGACCUUUGGUCCCAAGCCGGAGCCCGUGCUGAGCCCCAGGCAUGAAGAAGCCAAGCAUCUGCUGCAGCGUGCCCGCAUGAAGGCCAGGACCCGGCCCCUGCGUGCCAGCCAUGACAUCAUGCCGUCCAUCACCCAGGGCAGGUGCGAUGUCCGGAGUAGCCCAGCCCAGGGCCCCAGGAUGCCCUCUGUCGGCAGAGAUGGCCUCCAGAACGAGCCCAUGAGUGACUCCUCCAGCGGGGAGUCCAGCAGCGGGCAGUGGCCCAGGCGUGGCCUUUCACCGUCGCACGUGCGUUUUGAGGACGAGUCCGCCUGCGAUGCCGAGUGGCGCCACCUGGAGCGGCUGCAGCAGCGCCAGCCCCAGCGCCAGGUGCUUCAUCCCAAGCAGAAGGCUACUGGCCAAGGCCCCCUGCUCUCGAAGCCGAACAUGGCGCAGUACGUCAGCGGAGGCCUCUGGCUUCGGGACGCAGGGGAGGAGGCCUUCUGCAGGCUUAUGGACCGCUGGGGCCUCCCGGCCAAACCGCUCCUGCGGGGCCCUGGGAGGAGGUGCCGAGCCUGCGGCAGUUGUAUCGAGAGUCAGGACCCGGCCAAGGGGAGGUCAGCCCUUGCUCCUCCCAGUCCCAGAGUCCUUCAGGAGCUCCAGGCUGCCUGCGGCAUGGAGGUGGUGCGGGAGGAGUCCGACGGUUCCCACAGCCUCCAGGUCCUCUCUGCUGAGCCAGGGCUCCAUCUGGAGUGGAUCCGAGAAACCCACAUUGGGGCCCCUGAGUGCUCAGAAGAGGUGGACUCUGCCCUGGACAGCACGGAUACCUCGGACAGCUGCAGGACCGACAGCGAGGAGGCCGGAGCGUCUAGGCCCAGCAAGGCCUGUGGCCGGACAAGGCUGCGGAGCUCUAGGCCGCGGGGAGGCCACAGGUGGCCCAGGAAGACAGAGGCGGAGCUUGGUGAUGCAAAGGAGGGAGCUGAGAUGAAAGAAGGCAGAGGACACACACCUGAGAGGAUGCUGUUUCAGAGACAAGCCCCUGUCCCCCAGCCCCCUGCUCCAGAACUAAAGAAGGCUUCCCCAGGGGCCCAGCCACAGACUGGACCUGGACCUGGCCCCCACUGGGCUUGCCCUGUGGAUUCCCAGGCCCCCUGCAGGACAGCCUGUGCCACUGCCUCAUCCAUGAAGCUAGGGCCCUUGGGGCCAGGCAGACGAGGCCAGAUGGUCCAGAGCCAGGAGUCCCUGGAAGCUGUCUCCACUUCCUCCCAGCAAAAAAGCCUUGCAGAACCCCCAGCCCCAGACCAGGCCCAGCAUUCCCCUGCUGCCCUCUGCCCUGAAAGCUGGGUGCCAACCCCUCCCACGUCAAGGAAAACCACCUCGCCUGUGUCGCACAGGAAGGCAGCCCUGACCGGGCCCCAUAGGCCAAGUGACCAGAGAGAGCCGGUAGAUGCCCCCUUGCCGCCGUCACGAAGCGCAAGUCUUGGCCCCUGCGAGCUCACCCCACGACGGACUCAGCCCUGCCGUCCCCGGGCCAGGCACCCACUGCUGGCUCUGUCCACUAACAACUGCAACAACAGCGUGCCCGUGCCCCAGGGGCUGCAGGAGCCCCGGGGAGGAGCUGUGUGCGGGGGCCCAGAGGACAGGGGCCCCUGCAGCCGGGAGCCCACACCGCCCCUGGAGAGCGGCCGCGAUGGACAUCCGGGCUCCGUAGACGUCGCCACCGUCAACUCCACGAGCAUCACCCUCUCCCUGGCCUCGGAGGAGCUCGAGUCCAGCCGGGAAGCUGAAGGAGGCUCUCAGAGGACAGAGGCGAGCUCUGGAGGACACACCCCAUCCCAAGCACCACCGGGGGCUGGCACAGGACCCAGGCCACCCUCAGCUGCCUCUUCUGACCGGCACAAGAAAAGGAGUAGCAGUGUCGCCUCCACUCUGGGGCUCAGGAAGUUCUUCUCAGCCCUGGGCCAGAGCUCACGGCCCAAGCUGGCCAAGUCGCGCAGCUACAGCGUAGAGCAGCUGCAGGCCACCACGCCUGGCCCAGCCCCGCACACCAGGGCCCCAUCACUACAAUCCCUGCAUCAGGUGUCACCCUCUCAUCAACGUCGAAAAGCUGCCUCCUUUCAGAACCUCCAUUCUCUGCUGAGUGGCAAGGGGGACCGGUCCAGCCUGUACCUGGUUGGGAGGCCUGGGGACAAUGCAGCUGGCAGGCUGGCCAAGGCCCCCGCCCGGCGGGCCCUCAGCGUGGAGGACGUGAGUGCCCCCAGCCUGGCUCGCACAGUGGGCCGCGUGGUGGAGGUGUUCCCAGAUGGCACCAGCCAGCUGCAGCUACAGCGCUCCCCUGAGGGUACUUUCGGCUUCUGUGUGGCCUCUGGCAAUGGGCGCCGGGACUCAGGGCUCUACGUGCAGGCCAUGGCUGACUCGAGCACCGCCAAGCUGUACUCGGGGCUGCUGGGGGUGGGCGAUGAGAUCCUCGAGGUGAACGGGGCCAAGGUUGCAGGGCUGGGCCUGGCCCACAUCCAGGAGCUCCUGGCCCAUUCGGAGACUUUGUCAGUCCGAGUGCUGAGGCAGAGGCCUGUCCCGCGGUGACCUGGAAGUGCUGCCGCCUUUGCUGUCGCCUCUCAGAAGCCCUGAACCACCCUGGGGGUGCGGGGGUGGCCGGGAAUGCGCUGCCUGUAGCUGCUUUGUCAACUGAAAACACUGAUCGAGGUGGCAUCUACA